GGCCAGCCAUGUCCGAGAUCCUCUGCCAGUGGCUCAACCAGGAGCUCAGCGUGUCCCGGACCGUGAAUCCCAAGUCCUUUGCAAAGGUAUUUUCCAAUGGCUACCUGAUUGGAGAAGUUCUGAACAAGUUUGAACUUCAGGAUGAUUUUUCAGAAUUUUCAGAGAGCAGGGUGGCUACUGCAAAACUUAAUAACUUUUCCCGCUUGGAGCCAACCCUUCACCUUUUGGGUGUGCAGUUUGAUCAGAACGUGGCCCAUAGCAUCAUCACAGAGAAGCCUGGGGCAGCCACAAAACUUUUAUAUCAAUUGUACAUCGCUCUUCAGCGAAAAAAGAAAAGUGGACUGACGGGACUAGAAAUGCAAGCUUUGCAGCCACAGGCAAAUGCAAGAUUUCAAAACAUGAAGAGUGAAGCUUUUCGAGAGAAACUUAAAACCCUGAUACCACGUCAAACUGAUUUCAAUCUGAUGCGGGUUACAUACAGGUUUCAAGAAAAAAUUAAACACAGGAAUGAAGAUCUUGAGAAAUUCCAAAGAUUUCAAAAAGUCAAGGAAGACCAAAGAUGUUUUAAUAUCGAAAAGCAACGCUUAAACAGAAGACGACAAAAUGAAAUCAUGGCCAAAAUUCAAGCAGCUGUCAUACAGAUUCCUAAACCUGCAUCAAAUCGUACAAUGAAAGCACUUGAGACUCAAAAAAUGACGAAAAAGAGAAAGGAGGCAGAGGAUGUGGCCGAAGAGAUUAGGAACUUUGAAGAAUUAAUAAAAAAGGAUCUCCAAGCAAAAGAAAGUUCAUCCAGGACUUUUCUAGACACCACAGAGCAGAUAAUUUCAGAUUUAUUGAACACGUACUCGGAUGAUGACUACAUUAAGAAAAUCCAGAAGCGCUUGGAAGAAGAUGCUUUUGCUCGAGAGCAAAGGGAGAAAAGACGGCGGAGGUUGUUAAUGGACCAGUUAAUAGCUCACGAAGCCCAGGAGGAAGCCUACCGGGAGGAGCAGCUGAUUCACCGGCUGAUGCGCCAGUCCCAGCAGGAACGCAGGAUUGCUGUCCAGCUCAUGCAUGCUAGGCAUGAAAAGGAAGUUUUGUGGCAGAACAGAAUUUUCAGGGAAAAACAAUAUGAAGAAAGACGUCUCAAAGAUUUCCAGGAUGCCCUUGAUCGAGAAGCGGCUCUGGCAAAACAAGCCAAGAUUGAUUUUGAAGAACAAAUCUUCAGAGAAAAGGAAAUUCAUGAAAAGAUUGCUGUAGAAAGGGCUCAGGCUCGUUAUGAAAAGCAUUAUACAAUUUGUGGAGAAAUUUUGGAUCAAAUACUUGAUUUGUCCACUAAAGUGGCAGACUACCGGAUGCUGACAAAUAAUCUGAUUCCAUAUAAGAUGAUGCAUGACUGGAAGGAACUGUUUUUUAAUGGAAAGCCCAUAUACGAACAAGUCAGGCCAGGGCUCCCUAGGACCUCCUCAGGCCAACUCAUAGAACUGGAGAAAAGAGAACUGCUAGAUAGCAAUGAUUAUGAAGACUACAAGGUACAUAAUGAUAUGGAAUAAUUAGAGAGAAUGUAACAUAAUAAAUUCUUUUCUCUUUACCAUUAAUUUUGUAAUAUUACUUUAUUUCAUUUGUACCUAAUAUCAUAUUUGCAUUUUCCAUUGAGUUGAUUUAUAUUGAUAGUACUAACUUUGUAUGUUUUAAGUAUUUGCAAUCUAUUAUCUGUUAUUUAUAAUCUGUUAUGUUUUUCCAAAGAAUAGAAGAACAAUCUAAAAAUAAUCAAGCAUAAUACAUUGGGCCGACAGAUAUCAAACUUUUAAAUAGUUCAUUAGCAUUUUCAUUGUGUGAGUUUUCUAUCUUAGAUUCAAAGACCAUUGUUAUGAGGCAUCUUAAUGUAGUCCUUGUAAAUAAGGUAUUAUUUUUAUGAGCAAAAUGGAAGAGGUGCAAGUUAA